CGCCAUUGGUAGCGCUGUUUCGUCCAGCGAAAGUCUGCACUUCUACGUCGGGAAGAAACCAUAGGGGAGAGGCGCAAUACAGCCGAGUGGUGGAGGUGGAGUCUGUAGGUGGGGAGGGAGAAGAAAGGGGAGAGACGGAAAACGGGGAAAGGCAGAUACAACAGAAACGGGGGGAGGACGCUGGAUGAUUUACGCUUUAAAAGUUGCAUUACAACUAAUUCCAGAGUUUCGGUGAAGAGGAAUAAAACAAGAUGAUAACGCCCUACUUCCUAGAGAAUUUCUGGGGUGACAAAAACAAUGGCUUUUAUGUGCUCUACCAUAACAUGAAGUACGGCCAAAUUUCCUCCAAGGAGUUGACAGACUUCAUCAGAGAAAGGAGUACCAUUGAAGAGGCCUAUGCCAGGUCCAUGACCAAACUUGCCAAGUCAGCUGGCAACUUCUCUCAGCUUGGGACUUUUGCUCCAGUUUGGGAUGUGUUCAAGACCUCAACUGAAAAGCUGGCCAGCUGUCACAUGGAGCUAGUGAGGAAACUACAGGAACUUAUAAAAGAGGUUCAGAAGUAUGUGGAAGAGCAGGCCAAAGCACACAAAAAGACAAAAGAAGAGGUGGCGUCCACCCUGGAGGCCGUACAGAACAUCCAGACCACGUCUCAGUCUCUACAGAAGUCCAAGGAGAUCUACAAUGCCAAAACUGUAGAGCAGGAGCGCCUCCGCAAAGAGGGGGCCACCCAGAGAGAUGUGGACAAGGCUGGAGUGAAAGCCAAAAAAGCCACAGAGACCUACAAGUCAUAUGUGGAGAAAUAUGCUGCAGCUAAGUCAGAGUUUGAACAGAAGAUGACAGAAACUGCACAGAAAUUCCAAGACAUUGAAGAAAACCACAUUCUCCACUUGAAUGAGAUCAUUCAGUCAUACUCGCAGUCUGUCGACGAAACACACAUUCAAAUAGGAGAGGUCCACAAUGAAUUUGUGAGGAACAUUGAGAACACCUCAGUGGAGAGCUUAAUACAAAAACUGGCAGAGAGCAAAGGAACGGGCAAGGAGAGACCAGGACCCAUUGAGUUUGAGGAGUGCAAUGCCACUAUUGCAACUGAAGGUAUGUCUAAUAACAAAAUCAAAGGUGCCAAACCCAGAAAGAGGAAGCCAUUUGGCAUCCCCGGUCGUAGGAAAGACAAGGACACAGAUUCCACGGAGUCAACAGAAGUCGAAGCUGCUAACACUGCCAAUGGCGCACCCCCUGGAUACUAUGGGGCCAUAGACAUCCAGAAUGCUAAUAUUCCCCAAGUUGAUGAAGAGGGCUUCUGUAUCAGACCGGAAGGAAAUGAAAUCGAUGCCAAAGAGAAUUCCUUCUAUUCGUUCAGUGACUCAGAGGAUGAAGAUGAACCCAGGAAAUUCCACGUAGAAAUCAAGCCAGUUCUGCCAAACAACGGCCCGCAUCAGAGCCGAGCCACCAUCGACGAGCUUAAGGCCUCCAUUGGAAACAUCAUCCUGUCACCCUCAACCUCGGGACAGAUGCGAAGGAACCAGUCUAGUGAUGAACUGGCAAAAUCCAGAGUGCCAACACCAUUUGAACUGACGCACAACGACCUUCUGUCUCUGGACCCUUUCGGGCCGACUCUUGCAGCAGGCUCCUCUUCCUCAGUGUCCCCAUCUACAGACCUUGCCUCUAUCUUCCUUUCAAUCCCUCCAUCUUUUCUGAUGAAUGACUCAGACGUCUUUCUGCCAGAGGUCUCAGCUGAGGCGGUGACACAACGGGAGCGCUCCCCUCCCCUGGCAGAGAGCCAAAAAUCCAAAGAUGUCUCCUCUUUCUCCUCCUCCACAUCCUCUCCCUGGGAUUCACCAGAAAACCCUUUCCAAGCACUCAAGCCCGUACCAGCGAGGGCACAGAGCGCCCCCAUCACCCUGCCGGCCGAGCCAAUUGACCCAAUCAAAAGCCCGGCUGCAGCCAGCCCUCCGAAGAGCGUUGACGCCUUCUCCUCCUUGUCCUGGUCCCAGAGCCAGUGGAUCGCCUUCAGUGAUAAUUUCGCUCCAGCUCGCCGUCAGGUCUCAGGGCCGUCCGUGAAGGAGCUCCAGAGGUCUCAGGCAAGCUCCGGCAGGUCAAGUCGCUUCCUCUCCGAUGACUCUGCUGAAGCCUACUACAAAGCGGCGGACAGCAGAGAAGACGGCCACGCCUGUUUCUCUGAUGUCUUCUCUGGAAUUACAGAGAGGGCGAUGGCAGCAGCUCCUUCAGGCAAAAUAUUCAAUGUGCCAGUACCAAACCGACCAACGACCCCGCUGACAGCUGGAGCCCUGGUACCCCCACCCCGACCCUCCUCCAGGCCCAAACUCCCUACAGGAAAACUCACAGGAAUUAAUGAGAUAGUACGGCCGUUCAGUCCACCCAAGACAUCUAACGCCAGCCCUCCUCCUGCUGCACCACUCGCCCGGGCAGAGAGCUCCUCCUCCUUGUCCUCGAAUGCCUCACUCAGUGCCGCCAACACCCCCACUGUUGGAGCUGAGCACACCUUUGCUCUCCCCCUCUCCCCCCCAGCGCUGCUCUCCCCUUCUCCUUUCUUUGUCCUAAGCCAAAAGGACGAUGUGUUCAUAGCAAAGCUGCCUACCUUUGAGAAGCGGUGUGAAACACCAGCAGGGACCUCUCGCGGUCCCAGCCCUGUGACCCUGGCAUCCCAAGAUGCUUUGCCCAUUGCCGUGGCCUUCACAGAAUCGGUUAAUGCUUACUUCAAAGGAGCUGAUCCCACUAAGUGCAUUGUGAAGAUCACAGGAGACAUGACUUUGUCGUUCCCCAUGGGCAUCAUCAAAGUGUUCACCACCAACCCCUCCCCGGCCGUGCUCACCUUCAAACUGAAGAACACCAGCAGGUUGGAGCAGAUCCUACCCAACCAACAGCUACUAUACAGUGAUCCUUCCCAAAGUGACUCAAAUUCCAGGGACUUCUGGUUCAACAUGCAAGCGCUGACGUCCUACCUCCGAAAAGCUUCAGAGCAGAACCCUACAGCUUCCUACUAUAAUGUGGACAUCCUAAAAUACCAGGUGCAGUCUGAUGGGAUUCAUUCCACUCCUCUCAACCUGGCCAUAUACUGGAAGUGUACACCAAGUACAUCAGACCUGCGGGUAGACUACCGCUACAACCCGGAGUCCAUGGCCUCCCCCGGUCCACUCUCCAACGUACAGAUCUUAGUGCCUGUUGACGGAGGAGUCACCAACAUGCAGUCUCUGCCGAACUCCAUCUGGAAUGCAGAGCAGAAUAAGUGUCUAUGGAAGCUCAGUGAAAUCUCAGAAAAGUCUGAAAAUGAAGGAGCCGGGUCCCUGAGGGCCAAGUUUGAACUGUCAGAUGGGCCAUCGAACCCCUCCACUCUGGCAGUGCAGUUUAUGAGUGAGGGGAGCACCCUGUCAGGAGUGGACAUGGAGCUGCAGGGAUCUGGAUACAGACUUUCUCUCAACAAGAAGAGAUUUGCCACAGGACGUUAUAUGGCAGAUUGCUGAGGUGACCCGCUGCUCUGGUUUUCAUGAAAUGAAAUCUCAUUUGACACAAAAGCUGGAACUUUGCAAGGCUUCCUGAACCUCUUAAUCCAUCUGAGCUUUUGACCGGGAGGCGAGAAUCUCACUACAAUUUAAAAAAAAAAAAAAAACAGCACUGAGUAUUGAACACUGUUUUUUUUUUUAAAGAAUUAAAGAAGACUAAGAUGAGCUUUCAGGAAAUGUGUAGAUAUGAAGUCUAAUGAUGCUUUCUGAUCAAUCCACUUUUGUAUAGUCAGAAACAAUUUAUGGAUUAGAUAUAAAUCUAUAUUGUAUUUGAAAUCAUAAAAAAGGUGCACUAACAAUUUAUCAGAUGCUCUUCUUCCUCUUAUAUUCAUUUCCAAGAGCCUAUAAGGAAUAUAAAACAAAAAAUUGUCUGGGUGGAAGAGAAGAAAAGGUUUCUCCCUCUCUGAACUGUAAAUAUUAACACUGAUUAUUCUGCUCGACCAGCUCUGACUCAACGCUCAAAUCACCUUUGUUUACUGAUCUUUCUCUUUUCCUCCUCAUGAUUUUGUCUUCUUUUUAUCAUGUGCAUUGAAUCAAUGAAGUUCAAAUCUGUCUUAAACAGUACUCACGCACUAACGCACAAGCUUGAUCUCUUAAACUAACAUUGAAGUGCUUUCAAACUAAUGCAAAAAAA